AUGAACACUAUUACCACUGCAAUGAACACUAUUACCACUGUAAUAAACAAUAUUACCACUGCAAUAAACACUAUUACCACUGUAAUAAACAAUAUUACCACUGUAAUGAACACUAUUACCACUGCAAUGAACACUAUUACCACUAUGAACACUAUUACCACUGUAAUGAACAAUAUUACCACUGCAAUGAACACUAUUACCACUACUAUUACCAUUCUAAUGAACAAUAUUACCACUGCAAUGAACACUAUUACCACUGAAGAGUUUUCUAAGACAAAAUAG